GGACCGGCGGGGCGGCAGCAGCGGGAUGGGCCUGAGCCCCGCCGCCCGAGGCGAGGGCGGGCGCCGCCUCCCUAGGUUCCCACGGUCCCGCGUCCGGCCCGCCUUGAGAACCGCGAGUACUGGGCCGAAUGGCACCCCGGCCACUCCUGGACUUCCAGCCGGGCCCCGGUCAGGCCGCCGCGGGCGUUGGGCUACUCCCCACCGAGCCGCCGCGACCCGGCCUGGAGCCUCCCGAGGUCGUUCUCCAGGUCCCAGCAGGCCCUCGGACCUCCAGAAAGAAGAAUCUGUGGGAUCUCAGGCGUUGGACCAGCUUUUGCCCAAGAAGCCACAGGAGGGCACGAUAGAACAGGGCAGAAGCAGUGUCCAGCAGGGGGAGAAGCCCGUAGUCAGCCUGGAGUCCACACCCAAGCAGAAGAGAGCAGAGUGGAAUUCAACCCUGAAGCCUGGAACUGCGGGCAGGUUAACGAAGCAAGCAGCGGAGGAUAAACCAAAACCCAGACCUGGAGACCUGAUUGAGAUUUUUCGGAUUGGCUAUGAGCACUGGGCCAUCUAUGUGGAAGACGAUUGUGUGGUUCAUCUGGCUCCCCCAAGUGAGGAAUUUGAGGCUGGCAGCAUCACUUCUGUCUUCAGCAACCGGGCAGUGGUGAAAUAUAGUCGUCUGGAGGACGUGCUGCACGGCUGCUCCUGGAAGGUCAACAACAAGCUGGAUGGGACGUACCUGCCCCUGCCUGUGGACAAGAUCAUCCAGCGGACAAAGAAGAUGAUCAACAAGAUUGUGCAGUACAGCCUGAUCGAGGGGAACUGCGAGCACUUUGUCAACGACCUGAGAUACGGCGUGCCCAGGAGCCAGCAGGUGGAGCACGUGCUGAUGGAGGGAGCAAAGGCGGCAGGGGCGGUGCUCUCAGCCGUGGUGGACAGCAUAAGACCCAAACCAGCGACGGCCUGAAGGUGCUGAAAACCCCAGGCAGAGGAAGAGAGGCUGAGCUGGCAGAGAGAACCCGGGCCUCCUUCCCUCCCCUGCCUUCCUCUCUCCAUGGCCCCUUAUAAGAAAAUUGUGAGCUUCUGGAAGAAUCUAGAAUGUACCCAACUGCCCCUCCAGAAAUACAUCCAAUAUAUGUGCUCAUAGGCCCCUGGACUCUCAGGGUGGGAAGAACCUAAUAUUUGUUAUGUAUCUAUUAGGCACCAGGCACUGAGCUAAGCGUUUCACAUACUCAUCUUCACUUUUUUUUUGUAGGAAAGGGAACUUACUUACUUCUUAGGAUGAACCUAGUCUGUGAUGCUUUUUAACAUCCUGGAAGAUCUUCUGAAUGUUCCUAGGAGCAAAGAACUCUUUUCAGAAGUUCUCUUUACUGCCCUUUUCAGACACCCCCCCUCCCCUGCCAGAGCGGUUCAGGGGAGAAAGCCUUUAAGGAAACCUGUAACUCGUUGCUCAGGGCCAACUGUGCCUUCAUCCAGAAAGCAGGUUUCCCAAGAAAUAUUUUCUUUUAAAAAUUAUACAUCAUCUUUAUUCUUUAUUGUCUAAAAAGUGUCCCAAUGUAAAGUUUAAUUUGACGAGACCAUUUAUCUUGCUUUUUCUGCCUCAUAAGCACCAGAAAAUUUAGAAAUUUCCAUCUUCACCAAUUUCAGAGGAAUAUUUAAAAUAAUUUAAUCAAUGGACUUUGGUGUGAAUGAGGGAGAGAAAGGAGUGAUUUUUGUGCUUUGAAGAAUGCGGCCAUGCCUGUAAAGCUAAAAUGAUGGCUGGAGAUCGUCAGUGCUAGCAGAGAGUUGAAGCCACCCCAGAAAGCCAGAGAAGGACUCUGAAAAUGCCUAGGAAGCAUGAGAGUUUGGAAGAGAGGGGAAUGGAGCCCCCAGAGCAUCUCAGAUCAGGUCCAUUAAGAUCUGUGAGUCUUUCUCCCGUUUGGAAGAAAUA